CUUGCCAGAGAGGUUCUGUCCAACCAAACUACGUUGAUGAAGCUGCUUCAGACUUCUGCACCUCGCUGCAAAAUACAUGGAUGGAUUCCAAUAAUGCACGGCGUAAUUUCCCGGAAGCGUAUGGGCGAGUCAGCUACGAAUUCUUCGUCGAGUGGGCUAUGGGAUGUGAACUCGAAACCCAACAUCAAUUUACUUCCGACCUUUCCGUUUGCAAGGAUAUAUUCAAGGACACAGUAUUCAACUGUAAAGACAAUCAGGGUAGCGGCGGAAAUCACACCGAGGGCUGUGUACAAUUCGGAUUCCAACCAUUCUGCAUGGAUCUACCACCCUCAGCUACAUCCACAACCCCGUCUGACAGCGCUCCAACUUCAACUCCUGCACCGCAAGUCACCGAAGGCGCUCUCGUCUGUAACCCCACUAGAUGGAAAUGUACAGACGGCGACAUCCAAGAGUCCUAUAUCGAUAAAACGAUCGCGUUGUGGAAGAAGGACAUCAACAAGAAACUCCAAGUACUCAGUCCGGAUCCUAAGCAUGGCCGUGCUUUCAUGAGCUACACCGACGGUUACUCAAAUGCAAUGUAUGUCUUCAACGCCAACUGGACAGAAGGCUGCACGGCUGAGCCCAGCCACGAUGUGUAUGGCGGAGACUUCGACAAUAUCUUGAAGUCUCUGUGGAAGGACUGCACAGGUAAUGGGGGCGCCGGUGGGACAUGGACGGAGGGCUGUGCUUCGUACGGAUUUGAGCCUUACUGCGAGGGCUAUUUUUGAACCUCUCUAAUUUCAGAGAUGUGGCCGAGGUCCGAUUUGGAGACCAGGUGUAAAGCAAGAUUCUCAUGACAUUCAACGCGACGCACAGAAGGAAGUUUUCAAACAUCAUUCCAUUUCUCAUUAUACCAUGUUUUCGACCAAUCCCUAUUUAGAGCCCUAAGUUCCCCAACCUUUUAUAAUAGACUCAAAAUUCAUGACUCUUAAGUUCAACAUCAUACAUGACGAGGACAUUCGGCGGAUGCGAGGGGUGUGUUUUGUUUGCCUUUACUAUUGUUUUGCAUGAUCUAGAGUUGGGGGUGGACGGCGCGUGAGUGGGAACUCUAUUCUGGAGGUAUAGACUAUAUUCUGAACAGCUUUG